UCCUGGCCCCUGUCCCCCCCUCUUCCACAGGCCGAAAUUCUCCGGACCCGCGCGGAACAUUUUGUACAGCAGCUGCGACCCAGCACAUAAGAGCAUUCCACUCGGACCAUAGCCUUCUCUCUCGCAAGCUCGAAACGCACUCGGCACUUGGCGUUCUCCGUAGUUGGCGUGGCCUUUCGCGUUCAGAUCAUCCAGCAAAGAUGUCGACCAGCGAGUUAGCUUGCACGUAUGCCGCACUCAUCCUGCACGACGAUGGAAUCCCCAUCACUGUAUCCUUUUUUGAAGUGCCGUAAUUGUUCUGCCGCCAUCGCGUCGUCAAGCACACUUUCACGAACCCUAACUCUGCUAUCAUCUGAGAAGCUGCCAAUCGGGAAUGUAGGGACAGCAGAUAAAAUCACCACCUUGGUGAAGUCCGCCGGUGUGAAGGUUGAGGGCUACUGGCCUGCUCUGUUUACCAAGCUGUUCGAGAAGAGAAGCCUAGACAGCCUCCUCGUGAACGCGGGCUCUGGUGGUGCCGCUGCGCCAAUGGUCAGUGGUGGCGGUGGUGGUGGCGGAGGUGCUGCCGCCGCGGCUCCUGCGGAGGACAAGGUUGAGGAAAAGAAGGAAGAGGAGCCGGAAGAGGAGGAAGACGACGACAUGGGUUUCAGUCUGUUCGACUAAAAUGCUGCUUUUUGUUGACCCUUUUUUCUGGGCGGAUGGCGGCCAUUACCGCAUCGUGUAGUGUCGUCAGAACGUCUUCCGUUUCUGUUCUGGAUUGCUUUCUCGUUUUCUUCUCUGUGGGCGAUUCUGAGUUCGGCGCGUCUGUUGUUGGAGGGUUUAGUUCGCCCGCCCGGUUCUCCGGCCGCCGCGAGUUGUGAUAUAAUGGGAGCCACAGCUGCAGGCGCGCUGUUCUUAUCGCGGUCCCUGUCAGGGUUUCAUUAGCCGAUUGAAAGGGAGAGUGGUCGUGUUUCUUUCCAGCGACGCAUUAGGGUUCUCGAGUCGCCGAGAGGUGUGAUACUCUGGAAGCAGCUUCAGGCGCGCUGUUCUUGUGGCGGUCUGUUGCGAUUUCUUGAGCCGAUUGAGUAUUCUCUAGUGGUGUUGUGUUCUCUCAAGUGAUGUAAUCGGAUGAGUACUGGCAUCUCCGUAUUCACACGGAAUGCGAGUGUUCUUAAAGAUGUAACGAAAGAUUGGUGACCUGCUGAGUUUCCAAUUCAGAGCAAUUUUGAGAGGUGUUUUUUUUUUCUUGUUUGACCAAAUCCUGUUUUAUUUCCACACAAUUAUUUCUGGUUCUAUUCACUGGUUGUUAGCGUUUGUAUUUCAUGCUGCUCUCGAAACAAAUUCCAAUUCUUCUAGAGGUCUGUUAUUGUGUUGUGUAUGGAAUGCAUGCUGCUGUUAUGGUGUUGUGUAUGGAAUGCAUGUCGCUGUUAUGGUGUUGUGUACGGAAUGCAUGCUGCUGUUAUGGUGAUGUGUAUGGAAUGCAUGCGGCUGUUAUGGUGUUGUGUAUGGAAUGCAUGCUGCUCUGGAAACAAAUUGGACUUCUUGGUGCUUCUUACUUCCCCCAAGACCUUCCGGAUUUUGCUGCAUCUACUUGCGCCCCCCUUUAUGAGAACGAUCUGCACGUCGUUCUCUCUCGAUGAAAUACCCACGACAGAUUGCGGAUACGGCGUCCUGUGACUGAGGUCCGCCGUAAUGUUUCACCAGUCGUCGUUCUGUGUGUGUCAAAGAUACUCCCUGGCCUCGUGGUUUCGCCGCGGCUAUCUGUUUUCUGUCCCGGGGUCCUUGAAUCCCUAGGUUUUCCACGGUAUUCCCUUUAUGUUGUGCAACUGCGGUUUGUUCUCUUGUCCUGGGGGUCUGUUCCUGGAAGUUUCGGUUUCAACGAUGCUCCGUCCAUGGGAUGAUGCUGAGGCGGCCGUUGUCUCCAUUCUGGAGUAUGUUCUUUGAAUCUUAGGUGUCGAGUGAUGUCGAUAUGGAGAUCACUCACAGUCGGCGAAAGAUGUGGCUCUGCAUGCGGCUGCGUGUUGAUUUCGGUCUGCUGCGCUGAUCAGCUGGGUACAUGCAUAGAGGGGAGAAUAUCUAUAGGUUGGAGUCGUCCCGAAUAGAACCAAACCCCGGUCUUUUACGAGCUGCGGUGUGGGGGAGGGCUAUAAGAUAAGGUUCAUUGAUCCAUCUGAGUGUCGCAGGCUGUAGGGAAAGUCUUCGAUUGACUGAAUUGUCACUGGGGAAUUUCAGAACGGUCUGUCGAUCUUACAACUAAGAAUGGACGACUCCUUCAGUUGAUGUGUGUCGCGGAGAUUUGUUCUUGAUCG